CAGAAUCCGUCAAGUUUAUAAAUUGGAAGAAAGUAAAAGAUGGAGAAAAGCUGAGAUGGAAAGAGGUAGAAGAAACAGUACCAAAAACGAAAUUCAAAGAAACAUUUAUAUCAGAAUUAUCAACAUUUAGACAGCACGUAAAACGUGUACAAAUACAGUAUGCAGAGAUGAAACGAUUACGAAUGAAUCUUCAAGCAGGACAUGUACUUGUAUGGAUGGAUUUUGCGGAGAAUUUUCUUUGUUCGUCAGUAGAGGAAAUUCAGUCAGCAUACUGUAACAGCACGAUGGUCACGCUACAUACUAUUGUAGUUUACUUUCCAGAUGACCAUAGCAAGAAAUUGCAAAGCUUUGUUGCACUUUCAGAUCUGAUGCACCAUAACUCGACAGCAGUGUAUGCAGUUCUAAGAAAAUUAUUACCUAUUCUGAAGAAAGAGUACCCGCAAAUCGCAACUGUACAUUAUCUAACAGAUUCACCAACAAGUCAGUAUAGAAACAAAUUUAUUUUCCAGAUCCUACAAUACCAUUUUCUUGAGUUCGGAUUGGAAGUAAGAUGGAAUUAUUUGGAAUCUGGUCAUGGCAAAGGGCCAUGUGACGUGUUGGGUGGCAGUGUGAAACGAUCAGCAGAUAUGGCUGUAAAGCAAGGAAAAUGUAGCAUUCAAGGAGCCCAAGAUUUUUAUGCAUGGGGUCUGUCAAAUGAGGAAAACGGAAGCAAGGUGAAAUACUUCCUUUACUCACAGGAUGAAUAUGCCACAGCAGCAAAAACUAUGGAGAAGAGGCUCACGCCAAUGAUAAUUCAUGGUACACUGAAGCUACAUGCAGUGGUACCUGUAUCAAACACAUCGCUGUGCGUUCGAGAGCUCUCUUGCAAUUGUCAGUCGUGCAUUAGAGACCCAACCUCUACACCUUGUGAGGGAUGGACAGUUCAUCAGUUAAAGACAAAACAGACAAAAGCAUCAAUCCAGGACUCAAAAGAAAAAGAUAAACAAUCAAAUACGUCAGUUGUCGAAGAGACCAUAACACAUACAGCUGAUGAACAGUCAAAUGCGUCGGUUGUCGAAGAAGCUAUAACACAUACAGUUGAUCAAUGGGUUGCUGCUGUUUACGAUGGAAGAUGGUACAUUGGAGUAAUAACUGAAACUGACGAAAAUGACUCCACGUGUUUAAUAGAAUUCAUGACAAGAUGUGGGAAGUACGAAAACCUUUUUAACUGGCCUCCAAUUACAAACCAGAUAUGGGUAGCCAAUGAUAAAAUCCUGCUACAGCUGGAACAACCAUCCAGUGCACUCGGGAAAACUAAGAGAUGUUUUAAACUCGAAAUGCAGGAGAUUGAGAGGAUUGAUCGUUUAUUUAGCUUGUAGACAGACCUAAAAAGAAAAUGAUGAUUUUUUUAUUAUCUACAAUGACAAUGUUAACUAUUUUAUCAGGUUCUUUGUUAAAUCUGUUUGUUACAUUUGUUUUAAAAUGUUAAAUCAGCGAACAAAUAUGCUUUGUUGUUUGAAAGGACCCAUUAUUUCUUAUUUUCAAAACGAAAGAGAAGUAAAAUAUUACAGUUUAUACAAAUGAAAACAUAAUGUAUCCUAUCUCGUUUCUAUUAAAACAUGGAUAAAUAUACCAUACAGAGUUUAUG